UGUUAUUUGCAGUGAGACUUUUUUUCUUCAUGGUUACAUAGCACAACUACAGAGUCAAGGUCAACAGAAACAGUGACGAAUUAUUAAAAUUAUUUACACUUGUUAUUGAUAUUGAAUGAUCGGUUAUCGGUAUAACUUUUGUUUUAUGAAGACACAAAACUAUAUCACAAAGUUUGAAGUAAAUUUUGAUGGGUUUUCCAAAAGAACUUUUCAGCAGAGUGAGACGUACUAAGGGAACUAAAGUAUUUAGUGUGGUAAAAUACUAUGCUUUUGGAGGAUUGGUUCUAGGUACUCUCAUUGGAAUUGGGAUGAGAUAUACUGCUCUAUUUGAAGAAUUUAGAAGAGAAUACAGUGAAGGACUCUAUGAUAACACACCAGAGUAUGAGAGGAAAAAGUUAUAUUUAUCACUUGGUAUUCCAAUACCCCAGACAUCGGAACAAUUGAAGAAAGAUAAAGAAUUUUAUAGAGGUACACAUGAACCUAUCGUAAAAACCUAAGCUUACUUACUUACCUCGGUGAAGAUGUCACAGAUUGGGAAGAAAGAAAAGAGUUUGUCAACGAAAAGUAAUGUGAACAAAAAGAAAACAAAUAGUGUUUGUAGUAAAGAGUCUUCUAGUAAUUUUGACAGCUUCUUCAGUUUAAGUUUGGCAAACAAGAAAGAGAAUAAAGAUGAUUCUUUGCUGGGUUCAGAAUGUCACAUGAAAGAUAUAUCUUAUCAGCAUAAUGAAUCAGAUUUGUUCAAAUUCCCUUCAAAAUCAAAAGCAACAGGUAAAAAUGAUGUGGUUUCUGAAACAAGUUUUGAAAGCAAAGCUUCUGAAUCAGACAAUGCCUUUCAAGAAGAAACUAAAGUAGAUACUUCAUUGGAACUUCAUCUCCUGGGCACCAAACCAAACAUAUUUAAUGAUACAACAUUAACUUCUAGUGAUCAUGAAGAGUCAAAUAAAGAAUGUAUAAAGUCUGAUUCAUUUGAAAUUACAAUUGAAAAAGGAAAUUCAGAACUAAACAAUCUGGAUGAAGAAGUUCCUAUAUCAAGAGCAAAAGUGUGUCGAAAUCCUCCCACUGUAGAAGAUAAGAAAUAUGUAACAAACAAGGAUGGAAGUGAAGUUACAAAUCAGUGCCCAAUAUGCUUGAAAACUGUCACCAAAUACUUGAGCCAUAUGAAAUCAUGUGCUGCCAAGAACAAACUCAGUACGCAACAGUUGCUUUCUGCGCUCAAACUUCAUAAAAAACAACUUGCUGAAAGAAAGGAGCUGGGACUGGGUCUUCCUAUACAGAGUUACAGAGCAAAGGUUUCUCCAAAGAGAUCUAGAGCUAAUGAUAAAAAGGGACCAGUGGAUUCGAGCUUACAGCUGGCACUGGCCUUGUCAGCAUCGCUGCAUUCGGCGGAGGAGAAUGAGCUGAUCCAGGAGGCUGAAGCUCUGAAGGAGGCGGGGCUCUCUGAGGAGGCUGAACAGAAGCUCAGUACCUUAGAGAAAUAUGGGUUUGCUACAUCAUUGCCUCCUGUAGCCAGAAUUGCUCAAGGCAGUUCCAAAUCCAUGGUCAUGGCUCCGACUCUGCUGCAGAAGAGAACCAGAGAAGACAGAGAGAGAAUAGUUACAGAAAAAGUUGCAAUAGUUUUGAUAAACGAAGAUGAAAAUGUCUCUUUAGAUGAGUUUACUACAAAGGAGCUAGUAAUCAAAUCAAAUCAACUUAGAAAAGUUUGGGAUAAAGAUAGUCAAUUAUGGACCAAAGCACAUUGUGGAGCAGAUGAACAACGACAGGCUUUCUACGUUCAGAAGUUGUCCGAGUUUGUCACCCCUAGCAAGUCCGAGGUGGGGGAGAACUUAAAGAGGUUAUCUCAACUUCCGGGGCGAUUGAAUACGCCGGAAAGAGACUGUAAUUUUUCUCCAACCACUUCUCUCAAAAGUCAACGGUCUGAUGAAGUCAACUUGUCUGAAUUAACAACGCCACCUCAAAUAUCAUCAUCCAGAGAAACACUGUUGAAUUUGGUUGAAGUUCCAACAACUCAUAAAAGUUGGCAGAACUCAACAAAAACACAAAAGCUAUCUGACGAUUGGUUAGCACUUGUUAAUAAUUCUAAGUUGAGUGACAUUACAAUACAAUGUAGUAACAAUGAUUUAGUGCCUGCCCAUAAACUGGUCUUUCAUGUUAGGUGUCCAAGUGUGUUGGAAGCUGUGGUCAUGGUGGAAAACCGUGAGGAGUUCCUUGAUUGUAAUGAUUCUUCUAAAGAUUCAAUUUUAGCUUUUCUUGAGUUUGUCUAUUCUGGUAGCACCAAUAGGCUGUCAUCCUUGGUAGCUGAGGAUCUGCAUUGUGUUCUUAAUCUUGCAGACAAGUUUAACUGUUCUGAUCUUAUGAACCAUUUAAGGACUUUUGUUGAAAAUAAACUUAAUAAAGCUGAACCAAAGAAAGAUGUUAAACGGGAUCUUUUUCAUACAAAUAAAGAUUCAGAAAAUAGUCUUAAUAUAAGCAGUAGACUGACUCCUAAAAGAAACAGUCUUUUAAGUAAUAUAUCAAGCAGAAAUACUUCAGAAUUGAAUUUUGCCUCAACUAGUAGAAUUCAUAAUAAUGAUAAUGCCUCUAAUUCUAGCAAUGGAAGAGGAUCUCCAGACAUGUUUUGUGAGUCAGACUUAAUAGAAUGUGAUGUUUCAUCACAAGAAAGUAGGGAUGAUUUAGAUAUCUUAGCAAGUCUGGUUGGAAAAUCAUUAACAGAAGUGGGAACAACACCUAACAAUAAAAUGAGUGAAAGUGGAAGUAAAACAGAAGUCGUUUUAUUGCUUAAUUCUUCCCCUGAGGUAACAUUGUCUAAAUCGCUACCAGUCAAAAGAAAAGCUCAAAGUAGUUGCAGCGAAGAUGAACAAUUGACACCAUUAAAAAAAGUGUGUUCAGAUCUGUCGCAAAGCGCUCUAUCAGAAAAUCAGGAUGGUAUCUUUGAUUUGACUCAGAGUAGCAACUCUUCAACUGAAGAACACACAGUUAAUGGGCUAGAUGAUAAAAGUGAUAAGGAUCUAGCUUUGGCUGAAAAUAUUGAAAAUGAAGAUGAUUGUUUAAAUGAGCUUACUCAAAAGAAUCCAUCGCCCUUAAAUAGCUCUAAAGAUGUUGAUAACUGUGCUGACUUUCAAAACAGCAGAGAUAGUAGUAGAUGUUAUGACUACAUUGAUCCCGUUUGGGAUGGUUUUGAUGACAAUUACUCGCAUUACAAUUAUGAAUUUAAUAAUUCAGUGAAAAACUCAGGAAAGUUUUCUCUUGAAAACUCACCCUCAGCUGAUAAAACCACAUUUUCUCCAUGUAGUGUUCAGUCUGAUUUAAAAUCAAUUUCAUCUCCAAAAAAUUCUUCCAAAUAUACAUAUCCAAAUAAUAAAACUCCCGAAAAAUCAUGCCAAACUAUAUCAUGUUUGUCACCCAGGACUUCCUCCACUGUGAAAUAUAUUUCAUCUGAGAGUAAGUCUCCCAAACAAUAUUCACAGAAGACUAUAAGCCCAUUAUCUAAGGCUUCUUAUGACAUAAAAUGUGUUUCUUCUGAAAGCAAGGCUCCCAGACAGUUGUUGCAAAGUACUUUAGAUAAGUACAGCCCUCAGUCUAGUAAGAAUUUGUUAAAUGAUGAUUCUGAUGUUGAAAUCAUUGAGAAUUAUCAUUCGCCGGACUUAAAUUCCAGCAAUCGAAAUAAGACAAGGAAAAAUUUGAGUUCCCAGUUCAGUUUGUCUCAAGAUAACGUUACCCAAACAUUUCACCAUACACCAAAGAACCAAAGUAGUAGUUCACAUGACUCACCAGUAAAUUCACCUACCAGUGCUUUCAAACAGUUUUCCCAAAAUAACAAAAAUAAAACACCAAACUUGCCAGUGAAAAGGGACUCUCUGGCUGCAAUGCAGCGUCUGUUAGAUGACUCUUUGGAGAUAAGUGAUAGUGUAUUCGCAACAGCUGAUGGUUUGCUAGCUUCUGAAGUAACUGCAAGUACAAAGACAAAGUUAGGAAACAUGGGUCCCUCCACAAGUACUCAAUUCCAGUGUACCGAAGAGGACAAAGGCAAGAAAUCAUUGAUGACUCCAUCUCCUGGAAUAGUCGUGUCUGAUGAUGUUACCCCCCUUGCUGACUACAGUGCUAUGAAAACUCCUGCUUUAAAAAAAGAGUUGAGUAGAUUCGGUUUGAAGCCGAGCCUGGGCCGCCACAAAGCCAAGUUACUGCUGAGGUACAUCUAUGACCAGACUCACCCCUUGGUGGCUGAGCCAGAAGCACAGGCAGACGCAUUCAGAAAACCUGAAGGGCAACCACCUCGCUCUCCACUAAAAAGUCCUCAUAAAUCACAUAAUCAAGUAAACCUACUGGAUUCUGAGUCAGACUCUGAGGAGUUCUGCUCCCAAAAAAGCACCAGCAGCAGUGUUUCAUCAUUAGCCACUUUGCCUGAAGAGAGCAUCAAUGAACCAGACGAUUUGUUAUCGCAAGAUUUAUCUUCCACAGGUGAUGUGAAAGCAGCAGUGAGAAGUCUGAUAUUUAGCCACCCAGAGCUCCAUCGCAAAGUACUGCUGUAUGAACCCAUCUACUUGGAGGACUUGAUGGCAUUACUCAAAGCUAAUGGGAUCAAAAGCAAACCCAGUGCUGUUAUGGACUAUUUGGAUGAGCAGUGCAUAACUUUUCGGACUACAAGCUGGAAAGCUACAAAUGAAAAGAGGAGACUGAAACAAAGAAGUCCACGGAAAAAAGCUAAAACGACAAAAGGGAGAGAUAUUAGUAAAAUAUCAGUAACUGGAAUUCCAAGUCAAAAUAAUAGUUCACCUACAAAAACGCAAUCAAAUGAAGUUAAAAAAAGGGGUCGGCCAAGAAAGGACAAUGUAAAUAAACAAGUAUAAACUUUAAAAUUACUGUUAAUAGUGUUGUAUUUUAUUGUUUGUCUUAUUUCAUAUUCUAUUUUUAACUGUUUAGUAUUUGUAAUUUUUUAUACAAUAUUUUACAAAUUAUAUAUAAAUGUUACUUGUAUAUUGUAUAUAAGUGUAAUAUGUAGUGGAGAACAGGGGAAAAAAUAAACUAGAGUCUGUAAUUAA